CUGUCGGUCACUUAUGAAUGACCUGAGACCGCGAACAGGAUCGAUACGGAGAGGUUCAGCAGGCUGACUCACCUCAGAGGCGACACAGGAGAAGCAGCGUCUGUUUAGCUGUAAAAGUGAACUUACAGUGAAUUAAACCGCGCUUUAAGAGGAGAAGACUGACCGGACCAACGAUGCUGUCCCACACCGCUGUGCACCUGGUGCUGCUGCUGAGUUUGGGGAGCUGGGCUGAAGGACUCUGUCCAGAUGAUCUCGACAGCUCGUGUAAACAAAACCCUUACAAGGAGCCCGUCGGCUCAGACACUGUAGUAUCGUAUGAGCAGCUGAAACAGAUGUUGGAGUCUGGAAACGUGCAGCUGUUUGACGUUCGUGAGCCAGAUGAGUUUGAAGAAGGAGCGAUUGCAGGAGCUACUAACACUCCCUUGUCAGAGCUGGAGCAGGCCUUCACGCUGCCCCCGGAUCAGUUCAGAGAGCUGUACGGAGUCUCCAUGCCGGGGAAAGAUGACCCACACUUUAUCCUGUACUGCCAGAGGGGGCGCCGCAGUCUCACUGCACUGGAGAUUGUUCAGGGUCUGGGCUACAGCAGAGCUCGUCACUAUGCCGGAGGUUACAGUGAGUGGGCCGAGCUCGAGGCGCAGUGACAGCGGCUGUAACAUCAGCUGUUCUGGGAUCAGACUCACGUUGUUUACUGAUGAUAUAAAAGGACAGGCCAGUGAUUUAGUUUCAGAGUUCAGUGUUUGGGUCAGAUGAGGAGUGAAAACAGAACAAGAGUCCAGAUCAGCAACUGAAUCAUUCACUGUGGUGAAGAAGCAUGAAAACUUGCAUGUAGGGACUUUUUACCCCUCUGGGGGGUCUGAGCUCAUUCUCUCGAUAAACUGUCCUUUAAAGGCUCUUCAUAUAUCAUGAUCCUCAUAUGUUUCAUAUCUAAAUGCUCCGUUAUCUUCAUCACUACUUUCCAAAACCGCUGCAGCAGCUUCAGCAGCUGUAAACUCUCUGCACGCCG